GCUCUUUAACACCUAUGUUUCUCCAAUAUCCAACUUAUAUCCCACUUAUAUAUACCCACCCAUCACCCUCUCAUGAACUCAUUCAUUAAACACUGCUAAUCUCAAUUCUUAAAGCUAGCUACAUACUAACAAUGAUGUCUAAUCUCAAUGGAAAGGAUAAUGUUUCAACUCAGAACUACUACAGAUCUUCCCCGACGAGCCGCCGCCGCCUUCCUACUCAGGGAAAGGCAACAAUUCUUGCAUUAGGCAAAGCCUUCCCUAGCCAACUUGUUCCUCAGGACUGCUUAGUGGAGGGCUAUAUCCGCGACACCAAAUGCGACGAUCUUGCCAUCAAGGAGAAGCUUGAGAGACUUUGUAAAACGACUACCGUGAAGACUAGAUACACUGUUAUGUGCAAGGAUGUGUUGGACAAAUACCCAGAACUAGCCACGGAAGGCUCUCCAACCAUAGCGCAACGCCUAGAGGUGGCAAACCCAGCCGUGAUUGCGAUGGCGAAAGAAGCAAGCCUGGCUUGCAUAAAGGAUUGGGGGCGGCCGGUGGAGGAAAUCACCCACGUCGUCUACGUUUCCUCCAGCGAAAUCCGGCUGCCCGGCGGCGAUCUUUACUUGGCCGCCGAGCUCGGCCUGAAAAGCGAUGUCAAUCGCGUAAUGCUCUACUUCCUAGGCUGCUAUGGCGGCGUCACCGGCCUCCGGGUCGCCAAAGACAUAGCGGAGAACAACCCAGGGAGCCGCGUCCUGCUAACCACGUCGGAAACCACCAUCCUCGGCUUCCGCCCGCCCAACAAGGCCCGCCCGUACGACCUCGUCGGCGCGGCGCUCUUCGGCGACGGCGCGGCGGCGGUGAUCGUCGGCGCCAACCCCAGGGAAAGCCUCGAAAACCCAUUCAUGGAACUGAGUUUCGCCGCCCAGCAAUUCCUCCCCGGGACCCAAAGCGUGAUCGACGGCCGGAUCUCCGAGGAGGGGAUAAACUUCAAGCUGGGCAGGGAUUUGCCGGAAAAGAUCGAAAACAACAUCGAGGACUUCUGCAAGAAACUGAUAGGCAAAGCCAAUAAUAAUAAUAAUAACUUGACUUACAAUGAGCUUUUCUGGGCGGUUCAUCCCGGAGGGCCGGCGAUUCUGAACAGGCUGGAGAGGACUCUGGGGCUGAGAAGCGAGAAGCUGGAUUGCAGCAGGAGGGCAUUAAUGGAUUUCGGAAACGUUAGUAGCAAUACCAUCUUCUAUGUGUUAGAGUAUAUGAGAGAUGAGCUGAUGAUGAAGAGAAAGCAGGGCAAAGAAGAAGAAGAAGAAGGUGGUUUAGAGUGGGGGCUUGCUUUGGCUUUUGGACCUGGAAUCACUUUUGAAGGGAUUCUUCUAAGGAAUCUGCAGUGAUAGAUGGAUCCAUCGCCAUUCUACUCUACACGUACUGCACAUUAUUAUUAUUACAUCCAUUAUAUUUUGCACACAUUAAUUCUUGUCACGUUCCAUCGAUCUCCAUUCAAAUAAUGCAUAAUAAUAUAUGAGAAUAUGCAUGAUUAGAAAAUAACAAGACAUACGUGAUGAUGUGUCUCAUUCAAUUAAGAUACGAAUAUUGUUAUA